AUGGCGGAUCAGUCGAGUCCUCAGGCUUUGCUUGGAGCUGCAGUCGCGUACGAAAGAUUGCUUUCCGUUUUGCUCGGCGUCUAUCUCUACGAGUUUCUUUGCUCAGUCCGCUUUGACUACAUACUAGUCACCCGGAACAACACUACACGUUCCCUUCUAGCUAGAGGCGUCAAAGCGCUGUACAUGAUCUGCAGGUGCUCGCUCCUAGCCGCAUGUUCGGGCCUCAUCCUCAUAGAUGCGGGUCCUGGGGGCCUGGGUUGCUCGCUGAUCAUCAAACUCGGUUAUGGCACGGUGAUAUCUGCAUUACUCAGUGCCACUGCGCUUCUCUUUGUACGAGUUGGGGUCGUCUGGAGCUGGGACAGACGGCUCACAUAUGCUUUCCUCUCGAUUUACUCUGUCAUAUUCGCGUUGGCGAUUUGUGCUGUCAUACUAAUCGAGGGGCGCUCCAGUGGAAAUCUAUUUGGCCCUGCAUGCAACGCAGUUGGUGGAAAAUUCAAAGUUACCCCCAUAGUUGGUAACCUGGUUUUGGAUAUUUCCCUGCUCUUGCUGCUAUUGGACGGACUUCGAAGACGCUGGAGUGCAGCAGGUGUUUUCGGCCUCUGGUAUGUCCUCUUGACUCAGGGCCUAGUACAUCUGGCAAUCAUCACGGUAGUCGAGGUACCCCUGACUGCUUUUCUAUACAUGAACCAGGAUGUGCUGGUGAUGUUCGAUCUUCCUUUCACUCUGAUGCUUCCCAUCGGUGCAACGCGACUAUACCGCGCCUUGAAGGGCCUUUUCGACAAACGCCAGAGUUCCGUUAACGAGUCUGCAUACACGAGGCCUCAUCCGUCGCGCUUUCAAGAUGCUCAUGCUGGGGCGUCCGCACUAUCGAAACAAACUUCGGGCGGUCCGCCAAGCGACGUAUAUGAGAUGAAGGUCACCCUGAUCAAGUCGACAUGUCAGGGAUAG